AUGACGUUACGGAUGAUAUCCAUCAAGAUGAUAACUCUGUCACUUACAAAGUCAACAAUAGCACUAACAACGAGAACAACAAGAGCAGGAGGAACGCUCGUUCCCGCGUUGCUUAGACUGCGCCGGUUCAACGCCACUGCAACACGAGGUCCAUCCGAGCCGCGGACUCUCAAGCCUUCAGCAUUUGCAUUUCCUUCGGAACAGCGCCCCGAGAAGAAGAAUGAUACCCUGCUGGUGGAGCUGCCGAUGAAGACGACGGAAGCGGACGAUUUCAACGCCACGAGGCUAACGCACGGCGCAACAUCCAAAGCUAUCGCGAUAACGCCGCGGGCGUUAGCGAAAUUGAACGAGAUUCACGCUGGCAACGCGCACGAUUCAGCAUUGCAGAUCCAAGUCGAGAGCGGGGGAUGUCAUGGCUUCCAGUACAAUUUGAACUUGAUUGACUUGGACGCGUAUCUCGCUGAAGUCGACGAUCCGCACGAGGUUUACGUGUUUGAGAGAUGCGGCAGUGAUGGAGCUAAGGCACGCAUUGUUUUGGACGAGUCGAGUUUGAUGAUCUUGCAGGAUUCCAAGUUGGACUACACCAAGGAGUUAAUUGGGAGCCAGUUCAAGAUUGUCGAUAGUCCAUAUACUAGCACUGCGUGUGGUUGUGGCGCGUCGUUUGAUUUUGAUUUCGACAAGUUGGAAAAGAAGCAACAACAGCUUGAGCAAUAG